UAUAACCAUUUCCCGCCAAUAAUUAUAUUAGUUAUUUUUUGUUUAUUUUUCUUUAAAAGUUUGUGUAUUGCAAUGGAAUCAAACGAUGAACUUGCUCAAUUAGAACAACUUUUAUGUGCAGACUUAACUGAAGAUCAUCCUACAAAAGGAAAAGAACGUCGUGUUCAGGAUGUGGACUUAUUCAACACACCACAAACUGACGAUCAUUUGCCUCCAGGUACUUCUAACUCGUCUUCAGCAGUUCAUAAUGGAGAUACAGAUUCCUCUGAUGACGAAGAGAGAAAAAAUUAUACGGAACGCAAGUACAACAAUUACGGGUCGUUAGUCAAAAAAUCUUUAGAUCAAAAAGAUCACGAGCUGGUUGAUAAACGAUUAGAAUUUGAAAGCAGAUUACGAGAUACUAAUAGAGAUCUAAAAAUUUCCAAAACAACAGCCAAAAAGUCUACUCAAAAUAUUGCACAUGCUGAAAAACACUUGUUUAGUCCACCAGAAAGUAAAAAUAAAACACCUGCCGACAUAUUGACUGAUCCUGUGUUUGGAAUUCGAAUAACAAAUCCAAUAAUAUCUAGUACAGCUCUUUUGGACCGCAUGCAAGGCAGGGAAGCAGUUAAUGUUUUGCGUGUAAAAAGAUAUGUAGAGAAUGAAGAUCUCUCUAAAGACUGGGUUAUAGCCGGAGUCAUCAUUAAGAAAAGUUCAUCAAAAAAGUCUCAAAAAGGUAAUCAAUUCAUUAUUUGGACUCUAAGUGAUCUGAAAGAUGAUAUAAAAACAGUGUCUAUCUUUCUUUUUCGUAAAGCAUACAAUGACUUAUGGAAAACAACAGAAGGUACGGUUGUUGCAAUUUUAAACCCUAAUGUUCUUGAUAGAUCUGAGAACAGUAAAGAUCAAGCAUGUCUCAGUGUUGACAAUUCUGAUCGUGUUAUGAUACUUGGCCAAUCAAAAGAUUUAGGAAUUUGUAAGAGUAAAAAGAAAAAUGGUGAACCAUGUUCAGCUAUUGUCAAUAUGAGUCAAGGUGAACAUUGUAUUUACCACAUUAAACAGGAAUAUCAUAAAUAUUCCAGACGUCAAGAGCUCCAAUCCUCAACCAUGGGUAAGGGUCUUGUUAAUUUACAAAAUAAAGUUUUUGGUAAAAAUACAUUUAUGUAUGGUGGUAAAGCAUACUCUGCUUUACCAUCUGGUAAUAAUAAAGUUGUUAAAGAGAGAGAUCAAAAUAGAUUAAUGUCAUUAAGUGACUAUUACAAAUCUGAAGGUAACAAACUUAUGACUAAUAAAUCACCAUGUCAAGCUAACAUUUUACAAAAUAAAAGUGGAUUAUUGCAUAGUCCUAAACCUCAAAAAAUAAGUGACACACAGAGAUUAAAUGCAUUAAGCCAAAAUACAUUGCGUGAGUCAAGUUUAGCUGAAAAAGUAGCCAAUUCCCCAACAUUGGGAAAAGGUUUUAGUUUAAAUGGAGGAGGUACAAUUGAUCUUAACAUGUCCUACAGCAUAAAGCGUGCAGAAAAAGCUAAGCUGCAUGCUGUUAGAUUGAUCCAGCAAAACGGGGGUAUAGAAAAAAUUAACCCUAAUAACAUAAAAGGUACUGAAAUAGGAAAGAAAAGAGCUAUUGAAAAACUACUGACAGAGACUGAUUUUGAUCAAAGUAUUAGUAAAAAGAGUAAAUGUAAUGAUGGUGGUGUCAAACCAAAGAUAAAUAUUAUCUCAGGAAGUGAAAAUGCCAAUUCAAAUAAAAAACCUUUGUCUGAACGGUUCAAGAAAAUUCUUGAAGCAACAUCAGCUCACGUAAACUUAAUCAAACAACACGAAGAUGAAGAACAAGAUAAAUACUUUAAUAAGUUAGAGAAGAAAGAAGCAAUGGAGGAAAAAAUGUUGAACACAUUUAAAAUAGCAUGCAAGGCAGUGAGGUGUGUUAAAUGCAAAUAUACAGCAUUUUCAGCAGCAGAACUUUGUAAAACCGAGAGGCACCCAAUAAAAGUAAUUGAUACAUAUAAACGAUUCUUCAAAUGUGCAGACUGUAAUAAUAGGACUAUAGCCUUUGAAGUAUUGCCUUUGCAUUCAUGUAGUAAUUGUAGAGGCUCAAGAUGGGUUAAAGCACCAAUGAUAAGAGAGAAGAAAGAAGUUAUAGGAGAAGCAUUGUCUAUAAGAGGAGAAGAGGAAGGGUUUAUUGGGGCAGUGGUAACUGCGGGGAAGAAUGUGAACCUACUUGUACCUGAUAGUUGAAGAUUUGAAAAACUAAGUUUAAUUAUUAGUAUUUUUAGCUUAAUCAUAUUAGACAUAACUUUGUACCGUCUGCAUGUUUAAAUAAUAUAUUUUAGCUUAUUAUCAAUUUUCAAACUUUAAUUUAUGUAAGGUUGACUCCUUGUUUUGAAGUUUUUAAUGUUGACUGACUUUUAUAAUAUGUAAUAAAAUUUAUAUAGAACACUAUUAAAACAUUUUAUUAAUCAAUUUUGAAUUAUUCAUAUGAAUUUAUUGUGGCACAGCCGACGUCAAUUAACUUUCAAAAAUACAAGGUAGGCAAUAGAAUUAUACUACUGUUUCAACAAUUAUAUAAAUUGAGUUGGUUAAAACUGUAAAUAUAAUCAUUGUAUUCAUUUGUCCAUGUCGCGGGUAUUUAAUAGUUGAUGUCUUGUCGAGUUAUUGUGCCGACUCUAAAUCUACCCUCAGACUGAAAUUUAUUGUGAUUUCCUUGUAUUCAUUUCAUUCAUUGUAAAGAUCCACUCAAUUCAAUUACUUCAUAAAUUCAAAUUCAUCUCUCAGCUGUUAAAGACAAGGAAUAAAUGAAAGUCAGUAUGAAAAUAAAGCAAUAAUAUAAUUUUAUUUACGAAACCUCCAGUAAAUAACACUGAAUCAUUCCAUCAAUGUGUCUGAUUUCAUAUAAGUUUUAUAUUCGGAGUGCAAUUUGGUUGGCUUUAUAUAUUACACAGCCUUUGAUAUUUUUACUAAAUACAAAACAGUGAAGCUAAAUUGUGUUUCACAAAUUAACAAAUUCCUUUAGGGCAUUUAACAUAACUUAAUUUCAGGGUCAAAUACAUGGAAAACCUUUAAAAUGUUAAAGGCUUAGACCGAUUUCUGUCAAAAUUCGAUAUAAAAAUUGCUAACAAAUAUUACCACUGC